GGACCGGCUGGUGGCUAAGCCUCCCACAACUGUGGCUCCACCCGAAGGCCAUUCAACUUUGGCUGACCAGCUGCAACGCCCGGCCUCUUCCUCCAUUGCUCCGCCCUCACGCCCUUCUGAAGAAGGUGCUCCUACCAUGGCUGAUCAGCUCGUUUCCCUACCAAGGAAACAAAAGGAGAAGAGGAAGCACAGUGAUUUGGACAAACAUCCUGUGCAUCAGAAGGCCAAAAAGGAUAAGGUGGGCAAGCCGGUUAAAAAGCCAAGGAAUCCCGAGCAUGCAAAGCAUCGCCACUCGGGUUCGGCGACUUCCUCAAUCUCGACUCCGGCCACGGAACCGACCUCCUCGGUCCCAACCAUCCAGGCGGCUAUGAGGGUUACUCCACCAGGCUCACCGCGCUGACCGGCAGCCGAACCCCUUCUGGAUCCGCGGCGUGGCUCAAUCUCAGAUGGUGAAAUAAGAGAUUCUCCACCGAGAGCUCGGUCGCCAACACCAAUGCCGCCUGUUCCUCUGGAUACCGACAUUGCCAUCUCUCCUCCGAGAAGCCGCAGGAGCCGUUCUUCGGAUGCUAGAUCCGAUGAUUGGUACCAUUCCAGAUACUCCUCCGCUCCGAGAUGGGAAGAGUACCGAUCCGUGGCCUAUUACCCGGUUUCCAGGGGACGAUCCUUGCCACGAGCUCCUCGGGAUCGUUUCCAUUCAACACCCAGAGACGCCCCGAGGGCUCCAUCUAGAGAGAGCGGCAGAUCGGAGUCGCCAGGAGAUUCCUCUUCCAGUGCACCACCUCCUUACUGGAUGGAAUCUGAUGAGUCUGAGGCUGACUCGACCUCGCCAGAUGCAGCGGUUACUUCGCAAGGCCCGGGGUCACCUGAAGAACCGUACAUCUCUUUCAAUGCAUUAAUGGCCAGUCUGGUGAGGUUGCUCGAUAUCAAAGCCCACCAACAACCGGGACCGAGCACUGACCGUUUUUAUGAUGUAGUCAGGGGUGAAUGAUCCACCUCUAUUGCCUUUCCGUUCAUUACGACUCUGCGGCAGGCAAUGACUCAGCCAUGGGACCUCCUGGCCCACCCACAACCGACUUCAUGUAAAUAUGAAUCUAUGUAUUGGGUUCGGGAGGAAGACAUCCUGUUCCUCCUCCGUCACCCCAAGCCGAACUCGAUUGUUGUGGAAUCUUUUCAGGGCCGGGAAGCACGUGGACACACCUCGCCUCGUGAUAAGAAGGGAAGAAAAGUUGACUCCCUUGCCCGCUGUUCGUCGCUUAUCAUUAUCGGAAGGACUCCACGGAUUCUAUUCCAGAUAUUUUACGAUCCCAAAACGAGAUCGGGGUCUCCGACCCAUAUUGGACUUGAGAGCUCUCAAUAGAUGCAUAACACCAAAGAAGUUUCAGAUGACCAUGCUCCAAAAUAUACUUCUGUAGCUGGGGAGAGGGGAUUGGUUCGCCUCGCUGGAUUUGAAGGAUGCCUAUUUUCAUAUUUCAAUACAUCCACGUCAUAGGUGCUUCCUUCAUUUUGUGGUAGACUCUGAAAUCUAUGAAUUCAAGGUGUUACCGUUUGGAUUUGCCACUGCACCAAGAGUUUUUACGAAGUGUAUGGCCCCUGUCUGCGCACAUCUUCGUCUACGUGGAAUUCGGAUAUACCCGUACCUUGAUGAUUGGUUGUUGGUUUCUGACACAAAAGCAGGACUUUCAUCUGCUGUUGAUAUUACUUGUACAGAGACCUUGGACUCUGUAUUAAUCAACAGAAGUCUUCUCUUCUCCCUACGCAGACGAUCAACUUUAUUGGAGCCCGGCUGGAUUUGAUGUUGACAAGAGCCCUUCUUCCUCAAGAUAGACAGCAUACUAUUGCUCGGUGCAUCUCUCGGAUUUGACGAGAAAGGACUGUCCCUGCCCGAUCUAUCCAGAGCCUGUUGGGACACAUGUCUGCAUCUAUCGCCGUGGUUCCGCCUGCAAAACUCAGGCUACGCCUUCUCCAGCUAUUCUUCAACGGGAUGUUCCGACCACAGAGAGAUCCACCUACCAAACGGAUUCGGCUCCCGGCCUCCGUUCUUCAGUCCCUGUUAUGGUGGAUAGAUCCAGCCAAUUUAAAUGUCGGUGUCCCAUUUCGACAUCGGUACCCUACACUGACUCUCGGUACCGACGCGUCUCUUCUCGGAUGGGGAGCCAUUUGCUCCGACCUAGGUACCCAAGGGGUAUGGAGUCCCCAGGAUUCCAGGAACCACACCAACUUACUGGAACGUCUUGCUGUUGUCCAGGUGACCUCGGACAACAUGGCUACAGUCUUUUAUUUGAACAAACAAGGGGGAACCUGGUCCCUGAAACUAGCCCACCUGUCGAUACAAAUUUGGGAGUGGUGCAUACCGAGAGGUAUCACUCUUCUAGCAGUACAUCUUGCAGGCACGGACAACAUAGAAGCAGAUUUCUUGAGCAGACAUAUGUCGCAGUCACACGAAUGGGAACUAGACCGUCGGGUUCGCAACAGACUGUUUCACCGCUGGGGUCCGCCAGACAUAGACCUGUUUGCCACACAACAGAACAGGGUGUGCAUGAACUAUUGUUCCAGAGUGGGGAUGGGACAGGGGUCGUCCUGGGAUGCCUUCAUGAUCCCCUGGAACGACAUGGCCUUUUACGCUUUCCCACCAAUCCCCCUCAUCAUGAGAGUGUUGGCAAAGAUCAUUCACGAAGGAGCCACAGGGCUACUAAUAACCCCCUGGUGGCCACGCCAACCAUGGUUCUCAACUCUCCACAUCUCUUGGGAGGAUUUUCUCCAACUCCCUUUUCUUCCUUAUCUCAUUACUCAGAGGGAGGGCAUGAUCCGACACCCAGACCUGUUGUCGCUGAAACUGACUGCCUGGAGGAUCCGAUAACCGUAUGUGCUGCACCAGUGUCGACGCUACCGGCAAUCCCUACUACCUGUACUUCACGAACUUUACAUCCAGAUGCAAUAUAGUCUCGAAUCUGCAUUAAGGCCAUCCACUAGAAAAUCGUAUGCAGCGAAAUGGCGUCGAUUCUCCAGCUUUGCAGAAUCCCACUCGUUUCCGGCGUCCUCGGCAUCCGUUCAGCAGAUUCUUCAAUUCCUCUUCGAAUUGCACCAGUCUGGACUUAAACCUUCUUCCGUAAAAGUAUAUACAGCGGCGAUUUCUUACUACCGUGGAACUGUACAUGGUUUCUCCAUUUUUUUCUCAACCUCUGAUUAAAAGAUUUUUGAGAGGAUUGGGUAACCUCCAUCCAACAAUAAGGCCCCUGAUGCCCACUUGGAGUCUUUCAGUAGUUUUACAAGCACUGACUCGGCCACCUUUCGAACCCAUGGCUACAAUUUAUCUACGCCUUGUCUCAUGGAAGACUGCUUUCCUCGCAGCAGUUAUUUCAGCUCGUAGAUCUUCUGAGCUUUGUGCCCUUAGGCUAGACCCCUCUUUUCUGAAUUUUCAUAAGGAAAAGGUAGUUCUAUGGCUGGAUCCGUCCUUUCUUCCGAAAAUCGCUACUUCGUUUCACAUGCAGCAAGAGAUCGUUUUACCAGCCUUCUUUCCAACUCCUUCAAAUCCGAUAGAGAGAUCUCUGCAUAUGCUGGAUGUUUGUCAUUGCUUAGCCUUUUAUAGGUCCAGGACUGAGUCUGUUCAACACUCCAAUAGACUUUUGUGAAAUACUCGGAACACGACCGGGGCUGUCCAGUCA